AUACAGUAAAAGAAUACAAAAAGACGAGAGAAAAAGACUUAUCACUCAAGUAUAUUGAAAAUAAGCACAGGCAAAGCAAGAUUUGACUACGAGAAGAUUUAAUGUUGAAUGAGAGAUUAGCCUAUCAUGAGGUUAGCCUACAAACAAUGUUACUAUUUAAAAUACAUACAAACCACUCUGAUUUGUUGAGUUUAUUGAUUAGUUACUAGAUUUAUGUGAUAAACUACAUGGAAAUAAAAAGUGCAAGAGUAGAAAUGUUAACUCACACUAAACAUUUUCCCAACUAUUACAAGUGUCCAAUAUGUGAGCAACGCUGUACAACUCUAUACACAAUGAAGGAUCAUAUAUUAUAUCACACAGGAGAGCGGCCCUUUAAAUGUUUACUAUGUGAACAAACGUUUUUGAAACGAUAUAAGGUAACGCGACAUUUAUUGUCUCAUACAGGAGAGAGACGUUACAAGUGCUCUACAUGUGGAAAAUCCUUUGCAGACAAAGGUAAUAUGAAGAAACAUUUAUUGAUUCAUACAGGAGAGAGGCGUUACAAGUGCUCUACAUGUGGAAAAUCCUUUGCAGACAAAGGUAAUAUGAAGAAACAUUUAUUGAUUCAUACAGGAGAGAGGCGUUACAAGUGCUCUACAUGUGGUAAAACCUUUGCAUUAAAAAGAAAUAUGAAGAAACAUUCAUUGGUUCAUACAGGAGAGAGACCUUACAAGUGCUUUACAUGUGGAAAAUCCUUUGCAGACAAAGGUAAUAUGAAGAAACAUUUAUUGGUUCAUACAGGAGAGAGGCGUUACAAAUGCUCUACAUGUGGAAAAUCUGUUACAACCUUAGGCAGUAUGAAGACACAUUCAUUGGUUCAUACUGGAGAGAGACCUUACAAGUGCUCUUCGUGUGGAAAAUCCUUUACAACCUUAGGUAAUAUGAAGAAACAUUCAUUGGUUCAUACUGGAGAGAGACCUUACAAGUGCUCUUCAUGUGGAAAAUCCUUUACAGCCUUAGGUAAUAUGAAGAAACAUUCAUUGGUUCAUACAUGAGAGAGACCUUAUAAUUGCUCUACAUGUGGAUCAUUAACAAACUUAGGCAGUAUGAAGAGACAUACAUUGGUUCAUACACGGGAGAGACCUUAUAAGUGCUCUACAUGUGGAUCAUUUACAACCUUAGGCAGUAUGAAGAGACAUACAUUGGUUCAUAGACGAGAGAGACCUUAUAAGUGCUCUACAUGUGGAUCAUUUACAACGUUAGGCUGUAUGAAGAGACAUACAUUGGUUCAUACAGGGGAGAGGCCUUACAAGUGCAAGAAUUGAAUUUAAAAAAAUGAAAAACCCUUUAUAACCAACGGCA